AUGAAUUCUAAUUGUAAUACCGAUAGUUUCAAUGACGAUGAAAUGUUUCUUAUUUCAUUAAAUCGACGAGUACCAUUGCAACAUUUGAGUUUCAUGUAUUUUCUUGAUUGCAAACUGGAUGAACUUAUUUCAAAGAAAUAUGAUGAUAUAUCAAAUAUGGUCCAGGUGACAUAUGGAGUCAAAUAUGAUGGUUCAUUGAUACAAUCUAUUUUGAACUUACUAAAAUCAGAUAACAUCUCGUUACGUAUAUUUUCAUCGCACAACAUCGAUGAAAUCAUUAACGAUUACUCUAGAGAUCAUCGCUUUCUUACAAUGGCUUCAUUACAUACUAUAAAACCAUUUACAACAUCGUGUCUAUAUUGUAAUCUUCCACUGAAAUUACAGUUUAAAGAGAAAGUCAAUGUUUUUCUCAUGGAUCAUAUAGAUAUUGGGGCUAUUUUCAUUGCUCGAUGCUGUCAUGUUGAAUAUCAUACUAAUAGUUAUGUCAAAGGCUCAAAACGUUACGUUAGUCGUCAGUCUUUCUACAACCAAAAAUAUAUUCAUUUCGGUGAUUUGCUUAAUAUGUAUGCCGGUUUCGAAAAUUUUUGUGGUGCUUAUAAUGAUACAGUAGCAUCAGUAUCAUCGCAAAAUGCUCGUGAUAAUGUUUUUGACUUAAAAGACGCACCAUUGUUAGAGCGUCGACUGUUUGAAAAUAUCUGGUUAAUUUAUUCAACGGCAUUAUCAAAGCUCUUCCUGUCAACAGAUACAGAAAUUGAAAUUCCAUAUCAUCUUAGCAAUCGUGAUGAACGAAAUCAUUUUUUUGCUUCCCAAAUAAGUCAAUUAGAACGUGACAUUAUUCUAUACUGGUCAAACCAUAUGUUGAAAUUCAGUUGUGGUAAUCAAUGCUGCAAAGCAAUUGUUAUCGAUGGAUUCCAAAAGCCUGAUCGUUAUAUUUGCAAUUUUAUGCAAGAACUCAUUUAUUCGGAAGAGUUGGGCAAGAUUUUCUAA